CCUGCACAAGGCACCACAACUGACAACUGUCACCUAGCUAUAAAACGGACAAACAGGCGUAAAGAAGUUUUCUUUUUUUUAUCAAAAGAAGAAAAUCUCGGAAUUGUAAAUUCGUCCUCCGCAAGGAAAACCAAUAAAAUACGAAAAACAAAACGCCCAGCAGAACAUAGAAAAAUUAAAAACACCAUUAAAAUGUUCACGAUAUUCUUGUCCAUUGUAUUCACAACUUGCAUUCUCGCCGUACCAGCUCCAGUUCCCAAUAAAACCUCGAAACAAUGGAGCAAAUACAAGGAAUACGAAUCUCUAGAACGUUUCCAUAGUACACUCCUCAACGAAUCCGUUUUGCCCUUCUUGAACGAAUGCUACUCCAACCAGGGUGCCCAGACGAAGGAUGUCGUCUGUUCAAGUUACAUCGAUGCAAUUAUUCAACUCAAUAGCACCAGCUACGCUGUCAACGCACCAACUGUGCUCAGACUUAGGGACCAAGCCAACAUUACGUCGACAUUCUGCGAGGAGAAACACAACUUUCCGGCCAGGAAAGUCUUGCUAGAUGUCCCGCAAAGAGAUUUCAAUAAUCUGGCGGUUUGUGGAAAAUUGUGCUUGGAGGAUGAUGCAAUUACUCCGAAACCAAUUUGUAGAUUUUUGGCAUGGAUGGGCGAUGAGUUGUUGAAGAAGAGUUCGGUUAGCAGCGGUGUCAAGCAUCCAGUUGCAGUUGUUGUGCCACAAUUGCAACCACAGCCGCCGCAGCAGGUAGUUCAUAUCACUCCUGCACCAGCAAAGAUUCCUCAAGCUGAUGUUGCGUCAAAAGCCGUUCAAGUGAUAAAAGUUUUCCCAAAUAAGUCUUUCGAGCCGGUGCAGGUGAAACCCACCGAGACUUCGAGAACCGAUUCACUUGUGGAAAAACCAGUUUUCAAUGCAUCCAAGGUCCCAACCAAAGCUACCCAACCCAAUAGCCUGGCCGAAAUCCCAAUUGUAAACAAACAGCCAAUUGAUGAAGAAAAACAACCAGUGGAAGAAAAACAACCAGUUGAAGAAAAAGAACCAAUAACUGAAGACAAACAACCAGAAACUAAAGAAGGUCCAAUCGAAACGAAAACCCCAAACCAAGAGAAACAAUCUUCAGACGAGAUUGCCAAAGACGAUGCGGCACAAGCGACAAUAAACUCAAGCGCACAGGAACCCAUGAAACAGGGUGGCGUCGUCGGCGGUGGCGAUCCAUCUAAACUCAAACCCGAAAAUGGGGACUCUGAUAUCGCUGACACCGACGAGGACACAAAUGUAGAUGAAAAUGAAAAUGAUUACCUCAAUCCUAGGCCCGAUAAGGUUGAAAUUGCUAAUCCCGACAACGAAGUAAAUCACAGCAGCAAUCAAGAAAUCAUUACCAGUGACGUCAUAACAGCAACAAGCAACAAGAAAAUCGAUCCUUUCCACGAGCAAUCCGGAUCGAAUUUCUUUACGUAUUUCCUAAUCGGAAUGUUCUUGUGCAUUGCUAUGUAUGUGUCUUAUCACAAUAAAUCAAAAAUCCUCGCCCUGGUUUUGGAGGGAAGACGCGGCGACAAGGGUCGCAGUGGCCGUCGGAAGCAUACAGCUGCUUACCGAAAGCUAGAUUCAAAUCUCGAAGAAGCGAUCACAUCCUCGACUCGCGGACGAACAACGCAGAUUAUUUAUUAAACAAAAAAAAACACCGAUAUACUUAUUGGUUUUGAGUUUGGCCGUCCCGGCCCGGCCCGUCCCGCCUGUGUCGUCGUCGCAUGUAUGUCCUUUCUUUGGUAUUUGAAUAUAUUAUAUUAUAGUUUGUGUUGACUUUCUUGUUUCAUUGGUGAAAUAAAUUUGAAAGCAAUAUUAGGAUUUAAAAAAAUAAAAAUAAAAUAAAAAUAGAUACGAGUAACUUGUGAUUUCCUUGACUGUGUCGCGUUGAAUCGCCAUCAACAACAACAGAGAAGGGUCCUUAGAAGAAGAUGGAGAUUGAAAAAUUAAGAUGAAGAACGACAGCAGUAAAGAAAAUGAUUAGGCUACAAAUAAUUUUGCUGUGUUGAUUUUCGUUUUUUAGGUUUUCUGUUUUGUUUGCUAAAUAAUAAUUUUUACUAUAUUAAACACAAAAAUGCAUUGUUUGAAAAAUGUCGCCAUGAUGAUGAUUAUUUAUUAUUUAUUGUUUUAGUCGAUUCGCCCACAAAAAUUUAAUUGAUAACUAAACAUAUGUGUAAUAAUUAUAAAAACCUAUAUCUUUUGUACAUGUUAUAAGGAUUUCAUGAAAUGAAAUAAAAUAAAAACAAAUAAAACUAUAAAAUAAGA